AUUCUACCAGCCAGCCAUGAAGGAGGUCAGUGCGGUUGACCUCUCCAAAUGAUAAUGUCCCCAACUCUGUGAGUAGUACCUUUGUCAGCAGCUAGAACUAAACACCACCAGUCUUUCUGAACCAGUAACAUUUCAAUUUACCUAUUGACAUAGUCAAACUGCAUCCUGCAAACAUCUUCAGUAGUUUGUCGAAAUAUGUUACUGUAAUCCACAGGCUCCUACAGAUGCCGCAAAACGUCCCAUCACUGUGAGGAAGAUUGCACCCAGGAAAACACAAGUCAAUGUGAGUUGAAAGAACACAGCAAAUCGGUUUCCAGAAUAAGCUGCAUAGUUAAAAAAUGUUUGGUUCUUCUGCUAUUUCAUAUCAGCCCAGUCAUAUGUGCACAAUUGCUUUUGUUUCAGGUCCCCUCGGAGGACAACAAAGAAAAUGAAUAAAGAUUGUCUGAAGGCAGUCGGAAGAAGCUCCGAAUUUCUACCCCAGGACCUACCCAGGUUCCCCCACCAAAAGCCACCAUGCUCUCCCUGAUCUUGGCCCCCUCACCCCCCUGUCCCCAGGCUGCAGCAAACCCAGAGGACUCAGCAUGGUCACAGAAGGUGCGGCGGUCCUAUAGCCGCCUAAGCCUAGGGGAUCCUUCGUUUGAAAGUCCCCAGGCCGUGUCCUCCCUAUCUCCUCAGCAUCGGGAGACCCUGUUUGGGUUUGAGAAGCUUCAGACACCCCAGGUUCUCUGCAAGGUGGAGCAGUUCAGAGUGGGCCCUGAGGCUUCCAGGUCUCUCUGUGGGGUCAGCUCCUUCACCCUGCUGGAAGGGGACGACAGUGCUGCCACUGCUCCUGACCCUGAGCCAGAUGUCAACAUCCCUGGGGUCGCUGUGUUAAAGGAGAAGAGGAGGAAGAAGGUUCCUCAAAUAAAAGUAAGUGAGGACAUAUGAUGCUACUGCAGUCACUGUUGACAACAUUGAUGGACAACUAAACCAUAGUAGGCUAGAGUGUACUUUACCACUUAACAAGAUAUGAAAAGCAAUGCGUAUGGCUCGCUUACACUAUUUUCAAGAUGGAGAUGUGCAAGAAGCUGUAGCAUUUGUACCUUUGUGUUGAUCUACUUUUCAAUUUAUUUCCCAACCAGCUGGCAGAGCUGGACGACCUUGCGGCAAAGAUGAAUGCAGAGUUUGAAGAGGCAGAAGGAUUUGAAUUGUUGGUGGAA